ACGGGAAGGUAUACAAAUUGAUUACACACAUGUCCUCGCUCGUCGUCUGAGAGUCGUAUCUUUUCCCAUCUCUUACCUAUAGAUAAUCCUCCAAAGCGUCUCCUCUUCCCGAGAAGCUCUCUACAUUUUAUCCGCACUACUGGUUCUCACUCUCGGUUGUCAGCACUCAGUAGGAUCAAAGCCAAAAUCAUCGUCACUUCACUCUUCGUCCUCUCGGAAACCUCUAGAGCCUUACCCCUCCCCCACCCCACUUAAAAAAAAAAAAAAAAGAAAAAAGAAAAAACCUUAUAAUUCUGUCAAUAAUGGCUCACGAAACCCUCGCUGAAACCCUACGAUCUUCAGUAGUUCUGGACGAUGGAAUCGGUGAUCUAUCUUCUUCGUCGGAUGCCAUCUCUUCUGAUCCUUCGCUCUCCCGUAGCGUCUCUCUCAGUCGGCUUAAUGCAGAGGCUCCUGAAUUUGUUCCUCGGAAGACGAAUCGGGUUGAUCUGCAGCAGCAGCAGCAGAAGCCGCGGCUGGUGAUUCCUCAUGGACCUGGUCCGAUGCACGUCUUUCCUUCACCGAAUUCUCCAUUUCAUGUUCAGAUGCACAACCACGUUGCGCUUAACAAUCAUGUUCAAUAUCAGUACUUUGGUGGGUUUGGAGAACAGGAGAGUCUUCAAUCUCAUGCUCCGCCCGAUCCGGAUCCUGCCCUUGAUAACAGAAAUGGGCUGUCAGAGGAAGCCACUCAGAAGAUUUUGAACCAGGUGGAGUAUUAUUUCAGUGAUGCAAACCUGGCUACUACUGACCAUCUGAUGAGGUUCAUCAACAAAGAUCCUGAAGGGUUUGUACCUGUCUCAGUUGUUGCAUCUUUCAAGAAGAUCAAAGCCCUCAUCAGUAGCAAUCACCAGCUUGCGAUGGUUCUCCGGACCUCAUCAAAGCUUGUUGUUAGUGAAGAUGGAAAGAAAGUGAGGCGCCUGCAUCCAUUGACUGAGUCAAACAUGGAAGACUUGCAGUCACGCAUUGUUAUUGCGGAAAAUUUACCUGAUGGUCAUUCGUACCAAAAUCUGAUGAAGAUUUUCUCUGCUGUUGGGAGCGUGAAGACGAUCCGCACCUGUCAACCUCAGACUGCUAGUGGUGGUUCUGCUGCUUCAUCAAGAGUAGCAAAACUGGAUAACACGUUUUUCAGUAAUAAGGUGCAUGCUUUUGUGGAAUAUGAGACUCUGGAGCUAGCAGAAAAAGCUAUUGCUGAGCUAAAUGAUGAGAGGAACUGGAGAAGUGGUCUGAGAGUCCGACUGUUACUAAGACGGACGUCAAAAUCUGCUCAAGCAAGAGGGAGGAAGGCUGCAUAUGAAGCAGAGGGGAAUGACGAGGAAGAUGAAGAGAGUGCAUCUGAGCAGCCAAAUGAGAAGCAAACUGAGGAUUCUUCUCAGCCAUCUUACACAGUAUUACAUGAGCACUUAGGUGAGGAGUUAGUCAAUGAUAAGGAGAAUGGGUCUAGGAGACCCCGGGGACGUGGCCGGGGAAAGGGACGUGGCCGCGGUCAACCACAGAAUAAUCAUGGAAGUCUUGUGGGUACUCCCCCGUCAAAUAAUCUGGUCCACAAUGAGCACCAGACUUUGACCAAGCCACCUCCAGGGCCUCGCAUGCCAGAUGGUACAAGAGGAUUUGCCAUGGGUCGGGGGAAGCCAAUCACUGCCAACGGUGGUUGAGAAGAUGAAUUUUUUUUUUCACAGGUGACAGUUCUAAUUCCUGUGCGUGUACUACUUACUGAUUAUGGGGUGUGGAGUUGGGGCUAUGUAUUUUGUGUAGUUGUUCAUGGUGCGUAGUUUUGAUGGCAUGGUUUUAGAAUAGGCUGUCAAUGCAUUGGUGUUGGGUUAGUUCGGGUUGGGCUGGGGAUUUUGAGUUUCUCUUUUUCUUGUUUCAGAUAGAGUAUGGCUGUAAGCAGAAGAAGCAAAUGUGAUUUCGCUAGGAUUGCCAGUUUUUUUCUUCUUCUUUUUUUUUUUUUUUUUCUAUGAUAUAUUGAUGUAAAAAAAAAGGCGGGGGGGGAUUUAAGGGAACAGAUUCUCUCAUUAUAAAAGGACACUUGCACCUCUCA